CCGACGGCACGGAUCUCUGGAGCUCUCCACCGUUCCGUGAAACAGAGAGAUGAGCAGACAUGUGUUUUACCCUGGGAGAAUGGCAGUUUCAUUCGAUCAGGGACCACAGGGAUUUCUCCGCCAGGAUCUCAGCGAUGCAGCCAAAGUCCUGAAAGACAACCCGUCUCUGCAGAACAAGCCUGCAGCUGUCAGGGAGGAGCUGGUCAGGCAGAAUGCACUGACUGUGGUCCGCCAGAGAGGAGGAGACCCUUCAGAUGCAACCCAGGUGUCUGGAGAUUACAUCCUGCAGUUUGGGAAGUACAAGGGUGUUAUGGCUGAGAGUAAAUCCUCCCCUUAAUGUUGUUCACCUCCCUGCCUGAGGGGGGUGCUAUGAUGUUUUGCUUUUCUCUUCCCCUUACAGGUGAUUGGACGGAGCACAUAAGAGGGAACCUGUGGGGGCUGGCUCUUUCUCUCUCCAGCUUCCAACCAGGCCAUGCUGCACAGCUCUGAUUGUGGGUGGGGGGUUAUAACGGGUGUCGGUAGGGGUGAGAAGCCCUUUUUGUUUAAUACUGUUUUCUCUUGUAUUUCAGUAGGGAGUUCGGUAAGUGAUUUGUAUUUUUGUUUGUUUCGGUUAUGGUCUCGGGAAGGUAGCUGACUUGCUUAGAUUGUUUUGUUUGUUGUUUUGGGCCAGGCUCACCCUGAAGAAUUGUGGACACCCGAACCAAAAUAAACAUCAUUGUUCCUGACUCCGCAGCAUUGGUCCUAAUUUGGGAGGUGGGGAGACCGACCUGGUGCUACGCUCUGGCACUCCUAGGCCGGGCGUAACAAAGGGGAAGUCCUCCCGCUGUCUUCUGGAGAAUGACAUUGGAUACAACAUCUACCUCAUCAGGAACCAGCAAAGAGAGGAAGCUGCACGAGUGUUCAUGGCAGCGGGGCACAACAAGGACAGCCUCCUGUCCUUUGUGAACUAUUCCCUCGUCUUUCCAGAAAUCCAGUCUCUCCUCAACUAUGAGGAACACAAGCCAGUUGUGACAGCAGCAGCAUCGGAGGAUGACCAGCUGGUGGGUUUUGGGACUCGUGCCUACAGCACCUGGCAAGAGGUCUGGGAGAGCAGGGAGGACGGCUAUGCAUCCUUCAUCCUGAAGAAGAAGAACUGCACUGCAGGCACAAAGAUGCAUAAGCUACAACUCUACCUCAAGAAGAAGCUGCAGCCACCCACUGUCUCCCCUCUGAUGUCACACACCUCACCUGUGAUGUCACACGCCUCACAUGCUCCUGCUGAAGCCAUUGUGAUGGAUGAAGAUGAAGAGCUGGAGAGGAUGAUGCUGAGCAUCUCUCCUUCAAAGCAACAUGUGCAGAGCUCUGUUUCUGCAUCUUCGUCAUCCUCAUCUGCCAGACGACGAGAAAGAGGUCUUUAACCCAGAGCACCGUGCCGCCGACCGACACAACUGGGACCAUGAAUUCUUAUCCCGCAUGACUCGUCUCGUGUCGACCGUGUUCUGGUCGUGUUUGUCUUUUGGUGUUCCACCUGGUGUCCUAGUGACUAUGAAUGGACUCCGGUCCUGAUGAGGGUACGUAUCCGUCUUUGUUUUCUGAUGUGCAUGAAAAGAAACUGCUGUGCUCUUAACACCUGCUUGCAUGUGUUUGCUGUGUGUUUGAAGUCAAGGUGCUUCCCCUGCCUAGGUGACAUAGUGAUGACUGGCUCCUGAAUAUUAACCCAUUGCAACAUGAACACGUGUAUGAAUGAAAUAUACUCUGUACGUAAUCAUGUUACAAACAGUCUGAUUGGAUUUGGCUGAACAAAGCAGGUGAAGUAAAGAUACAUUCUGCCUUUACUAACAGCAGUUUUUGUGUACUGUCAAAGUAUAAAUAACAAACAAAGGUUUUUCCGUUGCAGUACCAUCUGCUACACAGGCAGCACCAGCCAAGGCUCAGGGUCCACCAGUAGAUGGUAAAUGUAUCAACAUUGUGCACAUUCACUGAAACAUGAUCUGUCCUGAGUCCACUGUGCAAGAAGUGAUUCUUGUGUUUGAUCCUUCUCUCUUGCAGCUCCUGCAUCUCCAUCUGUGAAGAGACCUGAGCCCGUUCCCCAGGAGCUCGUGUGUCUGAUGCCAGAAGCAGCACGUCAUCCUUUAACAGAGCCGACUGUCACACUUCCUGUGUCAGAGGCGCUCCUGAUUUCUCCUGAGAUGUCUGCAGAGCCCGGUUAACUGCCAACUCCACAGAGAGGGCAAAGUGAGCCAUUCCCCAGGCCAAUAGCCGUCCCCACCGGUCCUCCUCCACAGCUUCCUGGCUACGACCAUGACGUCAGCCAGUGGACUUGUUCACAGCAGCAGAGGAUCUGGAUAAAGACGGAGCUGGAAGCUAUGGGUCUCUGGCCAGGAUCCAUUCCUGUGCGGAACCCCAUGAAGAUGGUGUCACUGUGGCGUUUCCCUCCCCAGCCGGAAUUGAUCGACAGCAUCUCCGAUCUUCCUUCCCCAAAGUACUUUCAGCUCCAUCCCUUUUUCAUAUGGAAGCCAGAAAACGAUAACCUCAUGGGAAGAAUGAGGAACAACGACACUCUGCCGUGUAUGGGAGGUUGUGCCCGGCCUCAAGUUGCCUCUGCAGGUGUUGGGAGACCUCGUGUGGUUGUUGGUCUCACUGGACAGUAUUACCUGCUGUCAUCCAGGCUGUGCUGCAAGGUCUGCAAAAAGAAGUGGUACGCUGUGACAACCCACUGUGGCUGGAGAAGUGACCAAAGAGGUACACAAACCUCUUGCCAGCCAACCUGACCUACAAGAAGGCGAUAUGUAAAUCUGUCAUGGACGAGCUCAGGCGGACGGGUAACUCCCCCGCCGACAUGACGAAGCAGGUAAUGGAGGUGAUGCACCUGAAAUUUGAACGUGCUCACCUGGCCCACCUCCUCAGCUGCCAAAAUAUCAUGGAUGGGGAGGCGGGACACUAUGACCAAAGAACUAUCACUCAGUUCUUGCGCCAGGAAACCAAGCCGGCUCCCUUCGGCGAGUACAGUGAUUCAGAUGGCUGGAACGGGAUCGUUGUGUCUUCUCACUACCUGACUGACUGCUUGCUGCACGAGUACAAACAGCAGGAGAGGGCCAUCAACACACUUUUGCAGGGUACCUUUGGACAGGCUUUCCGCUCAGACCACACACGCAAAAUUGCAAGGAAGGUCACCUUCUCAUCCGGCAGCAUGUCCUCGUAUGCAGUCAUGAAUGAAAACUGGAUGAUCCUUUCAUGGGUGAUGGUGCAGUCCGAGACGGAGAAGUCCCUGCAGCCCUUGUACGAGGGACUGGCACAGCGCUACGGCACAGCAGGCAUCGACAAGGCUCUAUACCACUGGGUGGACAGGGAUUGCUGUGCAGCAUUCAAAGUGGCAGAAUCCCAUGCAGGAGAGCAUCUGAACUGGGAUUCUUGGCAAACAACUGAUGCCAUCGUUGCCCAGGCCACUUCUGGUAACCUGCUGAACACGUGUGCAUCGCGGUCCCAUUUCAAUGGGAACUUGAGCAUCAAGCUGGACUUGUUCCAUUGCAUGAGGAGGUUCCUGUGUGAGUGUGUGACGGAGCAUCAUGCACUCUAUGGCUCUUUUGCUCAGUUCCUGUCUGCAGCCUUUUCUGUGGUGGAUCAGGAAGACCUGCAGCGGCUUAAAGACACCUAUGCCUUCUGUGGGAUUCAGCUUGCCAACCCAACCAAGCACUGCAGGACCAGGAUCACAGAGCCCGAGGAGCUCGUCAAGCGAGUGGAGGGAGUGUUCCAGCAGUUUCACCUGGCCAGUGAUCCAAAUGGCGUUCCCCUCUUCAAGCCCUCUAUGCUGAAGGUGUGGCGGAUCCAGCGCGUGCACAUCCUGCGAGGUUGCCUGAGUGAUCCUGUGGUUGAAGGAGGGAUUUUGUAUCGGCGCGGAGGAUCAGUGCAGCUGAAUCACGUGCAGGGUGAAGGGGCCAGAGUUCCUGUGUGGAUCCCCAGCUGGAGGGAUAUCACUUCCACCAGGCUCAGUGGGUGACUGGAACACGAGUUUCGCCUGAGCUGUUU